AUGACCAAUUGGAAAAAGCUGUCGUUGAACCUGAAGAACCCUGACGCUGGGAUGGCGACUCCUAGGCGGAACCCGAAGCGAAAGGCCAAUUCUGAUACAAAUUACACGGCUGACAUCGACCAAGAUAGGCUCUUGGAAGAAUCACUAAAACCUCUGACCGAAGAAGAGAGAGCUUCGUGGCCAGGAUGGAUCGAGCUAGAAUCUGAGCCAUCGUUCUUCAAUAUUAUGCUUCAGGACCUGGGUAUCAAAGACGUCAAAACACACGAGCUAUUCUCCUUGGAUGAUGAAUCUCUGGCACUUCUCCCACAACCAAUCUACGGGUUAAUUUUCUUAUUUCAAUACAGUGCAAGCGACGAUGUAGUAAGAGAAAAAGAAGAAUCCAAAGAUGUGUGGUUUGCCAAUCAAACCAGUGUCAACGCUUGUGCGACGGUUGCCCUUCUCAACAUUAUCAUGAAUCACAAAACUCUGAAUAUUGGACCACAGCUUGAUGCAUUUUACAAAGAGACGUUACCUAUCGAACCACCAUUGAGAGGGUAUAAACUUUCAGAGUACAGCUUUAUACGAGCUAUCCACAACAAGUUUGCGCGUCGGAUGGAUCACCUGCUCUCUGAUGCCAGUCUGCAAGAGGAGUCAACAAAGCGAAAGGCCCCCAAGUUUCGACGUAAAACACCCUUACUCGGCAUGAAGAGAAAAGGUUCUCGCAAGAAGACAAAUAUGCAAUACGCGUACCAUUUCGUGGCGUAUGUUCCUGUUGGCGAUGCUGUCUACGAGCUUGAUGGGCUGAAGACGAGUCCUUUGAAGCUUGGUCAAUUCACGCCUUCCGUCCCAUGGACAAGUAUUGCACGGCCACAGAUUCAAGCUCGAAUGCUGGAGCAUGAAGAAAGCGAACAUUCAUUUAAUCUGCUGUCACUGUGUUCAAAUACAUCCCUUGAAACACUACGUGCAAAAGUUUGUGAGACUCUAGCAUCGGUAUCUUUGGCAAGUGGAUAUAUCAAGCAAAACGCCAAGGACAUUGAUCUUACAAAUGAACCUGUUGAGCUCCACGAUUUCGAAAAACUUGCAGACUUCAAAUUAACCAAAGACGACAUCGACAUAUCUGUACAGCAACUUUCAACAAAAUCCAACGAUUUAGAAGAAGCAACAACCCCUGACGACUCGUAUAUACAUUGGCUUCAUCUUGUGGAAAACUCUACAGCAGCAAUGGCCUCCUAUCGUCAAGAAGUGCUGGAUGCAGUACAAGACCAGCAUCGCGUUUCAAACAGGCAGAAAGACUAUGGGUUCGCUCUUCACAAGUGGCUCUCUAUUCUCGCCGACAAAGGGGUCUUGGAAGGUCUGGUUGAAUCAUCAUCAUAA